AUGGUCAACGACAGAAUACUGUGCAUUGUAAUAUUGCAUGUUCUGUUGAACAUUGCUGACCAGCAAGAGACGGUGUCCAGCAGUUGUCCGGCGAUGCCUCGUGGUGUACAGCCGAUCAGCAGCAACAACGAAUGCAACCGAAACAGCGACUGCUCUCAGGGAAGAAUAUGCUGUCCCACUCUCAUCGGCAAAAUGUGCAUGCUUGCAGAAACUUCGCGCCGGUCGUCUUAUAUACAACCUCCACCCGUCCCUCAGCACCUGGCUCCAUCUUACCGACCUCAGUACCAACAAGGCACCAAGCCGGCUGGCCCUGAUUCGAACGUUCUCCCGCCACCACAGUCAUGUACGAUGGAGAACGAAGAACCAUCGAAGUGUGCCCCUGUGUGCCCGUUGGGUUGUGACAACAUGUACCAAGGACCGAAGUGCUACGACUGCAAGCCUGGAUGCAGUUGCAAGUAUGGCUACUACCGGCUGACCAGCUCGGACGUUCAUUCUCCUUGUGUAUCCGAUGUGAUGUGUUUGCAGCUGAGUCAAAACAAAAAUUGCCCAGAUGGUGCAACUCCGUUGGGCACAUGCAAAGAAUACAACAAUCAAUGUCCCGCCAGGUACCUCUGCCAAAACGACUUGUGUUGUCCGGGUCCUAAGCCUGGUUCCUGCCCGCUGAUUCCAAACAUGGAAACGGUCAUGGAAAGUUUGAAAUGUACGGGAGAUGGUCAGUGCGAAGGCAAUAAGAAGUGUUGCGCCACGUCAGAAGGCGGUCGUUGCCUCACCCCGCUUCCAACGUUUGGUCAAGCUGAAAGCAGUAACAACAUCUUUGGCGGUUCUCGUAUUGGACAAACCGUGGGGAAAGUGGCGUCACUGCUUGGAUUUGGCGAUUUGCUAAGCAACAUUGGCCAGCAAUGA